ACAUAGGGACUCGACGCUAGCGGAGCCACAGCAUAUUACUGAACCGUAAACCAUGCCUUAAACGGUCUCCCGACGGACCAUCGAGCUUGCCACAGAAUUGCGAGAGGUUUUUCGAAGACACUGAAAUUAUAUUGUUGAAAUGCUACGUUCCAUAAACUUUAACUUUAACUUCCAACGAAGUUUGAAUUUCACACAUGCUGCAUCAAUCAGUUCAAUCAAUUUGAGACUCAUGAGUCAUUCGUGGCGAUCAACUCAUAACCUAAACCUGAAUCAGGGCGACAGUCACAUUGACAGUGAAAAUAUUCAAGCUUUUUCAAUUCACAUGUCAAAGACUAUGUCAUCCGUUACAGGCAAAGACAGUUUAUUCAGUUUCAAUCGGAAUAUACCUUCUCGAUUCAACAUACAGAGUGCAACGGGUUUAAGUUCAUCACACACCGGAAUCAACAUUUCAAGAAAACGCAGCACAUUUCCGAUAAAUUCGAUGUUAUUGCCCGCCAAUCGCACUCGUUGUACGGUUCUGCAUCCUAAACAUUCUGGGGUCAGGCAAUUCUCAAGCGAAGUGACACAGCAUGUACCACAAGUCCGCUUAACUGGAAUUUGGAAAGAUAUAUCAGAGAGCACACCUGUUGAAUUUGCACAAGAUACUUUGGUCACAUUUCAGUCUACAACUGGUUUGCCAUGGUGGGCAACUAUAAUUUUAACCACGGUUAUAGUAAGAAGUACAUUGACGCUACCGUUGAGUCUUUAUCAACAUUACAUUAUUGCCAAAGUCCAAAAUUUGAACAUCGAAAUGAAUGACACUGUUAAAAAAUUACAAGCCGAAGCAAAUGUAGCUGUAUCACAGCACAAAUGUCCCGAAUAUUAUGCUAGGAUGCUGUAUAAUACAAAGGUAAACGAGAAAUGGGAUGAAUUGAUUCAAAGAGAAAACUGCCAUCCUGCCAAAGGAUACAUUGUAUUGUGGACACAAAUACCAUUGUGGAUAAUGAUAUCUGCUGCACUGAGAAACCUCUGUUUCAUGUUACCUCCAGGUCGUACAGAUGCUGAGAAAAAUUUCCUGGACUUGACAACAGGUGGUUUUGGAUGGAUAACAAAUAUGAUCGCAGUUGAUCAAUUUUGUAUCAUACCGAUUUCUGUGGGACUCUUCAAUUUAGCCAAUAUUGAAAUGAUGAAUCUCUUGAAAACUACCGAGGAUACAAAAUUACAGAAGUUUUUUCUUUAUUUUUUACGAUUCAUUUCCAUUGCAAUGAUACCUAUCUCCAUGUACGUUCCAUCGUGCAUGUCUCUGUACUGGGCAAGCAGCAGUGCGUUUGGUGUUGUCCAGAAUCUGCUAUUGCAAUCACCAAAGCUGCGAAGAUUGGCUGGAGUACCUCUUACUAAGACUGCGAGGACAAAUCCAUAUCGUCAAAUGUAUACAAAACUAAAAACCAAAUGGUACUUCAAUUUUAUGCGUAAACGUAACAGCUGAAUGUCAUCGUAAGUAUGAAGUGUAUUAAAAUGUAAUGCCAAUGGCAGGUACACAUCGCAUAGGAUAUUCCACGACAAACCAAUCAAGAUCCGUUGCACUUGAAUUUUAGAUUUGAACCGUCUUGACUUUGUCAAUAUCAAAGAUACGCUAAAAUUGGCAGUUUUUUUGUAAAUAAAUUUCGUUGACUUAACUUACCUCCAUCGGUUCUUGACAUACUUCAGAGACUACAACUAUAGAGGGAAGUGUUGGUUCCAUCUAAAAUUCAAGUGAGAACAUGGUUGACUUGAUGUAAAAUGUUUUAUUAAACGUGUUUUUAUUUUUAUUUAUUAUCAAACCCAAUGUACAUACAAUAAACUUAUGUAGUUUACUUGACAUAUGUAUAUAAAUAAAGUAAAGUAACAGCAAAGUAUUUAAACCUGCGUACAUGUAUGAAUUUUUCCUGUAAUGUUUUUCUACAGUGCAGUUGUAAUAAUGUAGAAGUAUAUUCAU